AUGAAUGCACUAAAAUAUGUCACUAGUAAUUGUCAAACCAAAACUGACUAUAGGCCUUUUUUUCUUUAUUGUUUUUUUGAGAAUAAAUACCAGUUUCUUCAAGAUGAAGUUUCAUCUUCAGUGUCACAACUUGCAACAAAGGUUCAAGGUGCAAGUUUCCGGGGCUGGAAGGAGGUGACAUCUAUGUUCAAUAAAGAUGAUGAGCAGCAAUUGCUAGCGGGAUGCAAGUCUCCCAAAUCCAAAGGAACAAACCUAAAGUUAAAGGAAGAGAUGAAGUCUGAAAAGAAACCAGGUUUUUGGGACAGUUUGGUGAUCAAGCAGAAUGUCCCAUCUAGGAAACCAGAUGAGAUUGAGGGGUGGGAACCACCACAGAUUGCCACUGCUGACUCUACCAGUGAUGCAGCAGCUACUUUAAGUGACUAUACAGCCUGGUCAGGCUGGGAAGAUGAAACCAAAGGCUCCACAAAAUACACAAACCUGGCCAGCUCAGGAAACAGCUCCAGGUGGAGUAUCAAAUCAGCUGGAAAGCUGGUUAGUAUUAGACGUCAAAGCAAAGGUAACCUUACUGACAACUGGGAAGAACUGGAAUGAUAUUGGUAAUGUGAAUUA